UCAUACCGAUACGCAAUCCCCUUGUCAGUAUUGAUUUUUACUCAGAGAAACUUACUUACUCUAUGCAUUUUUCUCGCUAGGAGUAUUACUCAUAUCAAUAUCUUCUUUUAUCCAACUCGAUGUACUGCUACUACUACUUCCCCCUUUCUUUCCUUUCUCAAUCAUUACACUUGUAACUUCUCUUCUUCUCUAUUUUUAUGACAUAAUUUAACUAUGUCACCCUUAUGUAAUCCCCUCACUUCUCUCAUUUUCUCUCAAUCUUACAUCCAUUUCUUUAACUAACACACACAAAUUAUCAAUCAAAUACACAAAAUGCAAGGUUUUAGAGACUUAUAUUACCACCCAACUUUCAUCUACAGGGGAGAUGAAGGUAAUACGCGUAACAUACAAGAGCUUGAUCCUCCUGUUGUUUUCAACCAACAAGAUGUGGUUGAUUUAAGCCCAAGUGGUUUUUGUGGUCUAAGAUCAAGCAAUAACGUGAUCUUUUCUUCAAGUUUACCCUUAGGAGCAUCAAAUUCUAAUAAUUAUGGGGGUGCAUCAGAAAGAAGGGUGGUGGAAAGAGGGGAAGUGAUUGGAGAGAAAAAAGGGCAAUUAGAGUAUUGGGGUGAGAGUGGUGCAACUGCAAUGGCUGAUACAAGUCAACAGACUGAUACUUCUACAGAUGUUGAUACUGAUGACAAAACUCUGUAUGGCAUAGUUCAAAAUGGAGCAGUAAUGGACUCAACAGAUCAAUCCAAAGGAAAGAUAGAAGACCAAAAGACUCUUAGGAGACUUGCUCAAAAUCGAGAAGCUGCAAGAAAGAGUCGUUUGAGAAAGAAGGCAUAUGUACAGCAACUAGAGAACAGUAGAUUCAAGCUUUCACAAUUAGAACAAGAGCUUGAAAGAGCUCGUCAGCAGGGUUUUAUUGUCUCGGGUGUUGGAACUGAGCCUGGCCAUUCCUUGGGAACUAAUGGAGUUGUGGCAUUUGAUGUACAUUAUGGAGUAUGGCUUGAUAAGCAUCAAAAGUUGAUCAAUGACACAAGAUCAGCGCUAAACUCGCACCAUUCCGAUGAUGAACUUCAAGUUCUUGUUGAGAGUUUAAUGUCACAUUACGAUGAAUUAUUCCGAAUCAAAGGCAACGCAGCAAAGUCGGAUAUAUUCCACUUGCUGUCCGGCAUGUGGAAAACACCGGCUGAGAGGUGUUUCAUGUGGCUCGGUGGGUUUCGUUCCUCCGAAUAUCUCAAGAUACUAGUGAACCACCUUGAACCUCUGACUGAGCAGCAAUUGAUGGGAUUAUGCAAUCUACAGCAAUCUGCACAACAAGCUGAGGACGCGUUGUCUCAAGGAAUGGAAGCGCUGCAACAGUCUCUGGUCGAUACGCUUUCUGCAAACUGUCUCGGUCCUUGUAGUUCCGGUGUUGUUGCUGAUUACAUGGGUCAAAUGGCGAUGGCUAUGGGCAAGCUUGCUACACUCGAGAACUUUGUUCACCAGGCCGAACUUUUGAGGCAGCAGACUUUGCAACAAAUGCACCGAAUUUUGACUACCCGUCAAGCAGCUCGAGCACUCCUAGUUAUUCAUGAUUAUAGUACACGUCUAAGGGCACUAAGCUCUCUCUGGCUAGCCCGUCCCAAGAGCUGCAACACUUAAUACUUAUCGGUUGAUGUUAUCAGUAUCUUCUUUCUUAUCGCUGUUAAUCGAAAGGCGAGAUGGGUUUCUAGAUCAAACACUGACGCUACUGAUUUGUAGGUGAGGUUCCUAAUGUAGUAUGGUUAUUAUGAAAGUAAUUUACUAUAUAGAAGGCUUCUAAGGGACUACUAUGUAUUGCUUACGAGGAACUGUGUAUUAUAUGUCACAACAAGUAGAUGUUUUCCUUCAACAACUAUUUAUUUUCCUUUUUCUACCAUUGUGAAAAAGAAAAAGUUUUGACUAUAAAAUAUACAGGAACCACUAAGAUAACCACUUUUACUUAAAUUUAU